GUGCAACAGUGCUCUGAGUCAGCUGAGUGCGCAGCAAUGUGCAUUGCGCAGCGUCGCAUGGUUUCACCCGGCGAUUAAAUAUAGCGAUGCUAAUUGCAUCUAACGUUUUUAUCAAUAUAAUGAGCACAUGGAAGUUGGUGCAGCGACGGUGUUACGACUUGCUCUCGUAUAAAUACUCAUUGCUCGUGAUAUUGGUGGCGUUUACUUGCAUAUUCAUCGGCAUAGUGCACUUUGGAGAGGUAUGGUUGAUAUGGAGCAAGGAAAAGUACGAGGCGGUUUUCCAUUCCUUCAACGACAAUAUCCUAGGAAAGUCUUUCCAAAAAAAAUUGUGCCAACACGUCCCCAUAGAUGUGGUUUACACGUGGGUGAACGGCUCCGAUCCAGCGUUUCUAGAGAGCUUUCAGCAGCACGUCCCCGUUGUGGAUCUCAGUGCCGCGGCCUCGAGAUUCAGCGAUAAAGACGAGUUACGCUACUCGUUGCGGUCGUUGGAAAUGUAUGCGCCCUGGGUGAGGCACGUUUACAUCGUUACCAACGGCCAAAUACCGAGCUGGCUCGAUAUGGACAAUCCACGGGUGACCCUAGUCACUCACGAAGAUAUUUUCCUGAAUAAGAGCGAUUUGCCAACUUUUUCUAGUCCUGCUAUUGAAAGUCAUAUUCAUAGGAUACCCGGAGUCUCCGAUAAGUUUUUAUAUUUUAACGACGACGUUAUGCUGGGUGCCGAAAUCUGGCCGGAAGACUUCGUGACCCAAGCGGGCGGACAGAAGAUCUACCUGGCGUGGUGGGUUCCCGAUUGCUCCGAGAUCUGCCCGUGGGCAUGGGUCGGCGACGGGUCGUGCGAUCACGCUUGUAAUACGACAUUGUGCGAGUUCGAUGGCGGAGAUUGUCAAACGACUGAUGUUCCUGUAGAUAGCGAGAUAAUGGAAGAGGAAGACGAUUAUCCGUACAAGUAUCUGCAAGAUUUUAGUGAAAAUAACGAGUUGAAACUAUUAAGCAUCUUGCGCAAGAAAAACGUCGUUCAUCCAUCGCGAAAGAAUGCACUGGUGUCUACAGUUCGAACGUAUAAUCGUUCGUAUGAUCUGAAUACCACUUCCACGUCGAUCCAUACGUUUCGCAAUAGCGGAAAUAGCAGUUCUAGGGAAUUGCAGACGCGUGAUAUGAAAUUUAACGAUGGAAAAUAUAAAUCAACGAGAGAUCUUAAGCCUGUAUAUUCCAAAUUUUUACACGCUUUGAACAAAACUGCAUAUCAUAUGAAACGAUUGAAACGUUACCGCAACAACAUGAAUGCGGUGCAGUCCAACAAUUCUAUUAAGUUCGACAGAUUCGCGUAUCCCAAUCAUUGGAAGCGUAACGCGCGAGGGCUCGACACUUACGCGGAGUCUUUGCUGUACGUUAAUAAGAUAUACAACGCCGCAUACGGCUUCGAGCGAAGGAGGGUACCGGCGCAUAUGCCGCACUUGGUAGACAAAUGGAUCGUGAGUAGCAUGCAGGAGAAGUUUGAGCUUGAAUUUAAGAAAACGUCUAGUCAUAAAGUGAGAAAUCUCGAGGACAUGCAGUUUGCAUUUUCUUACUUCUACUUUCUAUCCAGCGAAAAACGAAGAGUACCGGUCGGGGAGAUGUUCGACAUGUUUGACACCGAUAAAUCACGAACUUGGUCGGAUAGAGAAAUAAGGACACUUCUAUCCAGAUUGUACCCACUGCCGCUCGAUUACAAUCUAGUCAUGGAAUUCGAAAGUGAGAUAAUAAAUUGUUCGCGUCGCAUAAGUCUACCGGAAAUCAUUGAUGUUCCACCCGGUGAGAGAUAUCUGGAUUCUACUCUCCCGGUGGUUUCUAAAGAACUGAUAUUGAGCUGUGAGACAAUUUUUAGAAGGAUGCAAAUGAAAUUCGGCAAAAGUAGCCGGUAUCCGCAUGAGAUAAUAAAGGCCGGCAAAAAUGAAAUUUUUGAGAUGUUGACCAGCAACGUUUCUUUAACGGUACAAUUGCUCGAUGAGAUUCGGAGGGAACCAAAGAAGUUUAUCUGUUUGAACGAUGACAUGGACCCCAUUCGACGUUCCGAGAACGAGAUCGUUCGCGCUCUGUUAAACGAUUUUUAUCGUUCGCUCUAUCCGCUACGAAGUACCUUCGAACUACCGUCGCAAUAUCGAAAUCGCUUCUCCCACCUGCGUGAACUUCUCGAAUGGAGAGCGAGCCGCGCUAAAGCUAGAAACUUACUACUGUGCCUUCUGGCGUUGCUCCUUAUGCUUACGUUCUACCACGUGUUCUACCAUCACAUGCGCAGAUUGUGCAGAACUCGGGAGUUAUCUACGUUUCUUGUGUGAGGCAUCGAUAACAAGUCCAAAUCUAUCGGUGUGCAUAGAGUACAGUGAAACUGAUAAUAUUAAUUAUAAAUUAAUAUUAAUUUAUAAAUUAAAUAAGUUUAACGACGUACAUUUUUUUGUCCCCUCGGAAGAUGUGUUUGUUGAGAGUUUUUUGAGAGAUUCAUUUUCUAAAACUAGAUAAAACUGAUAUUUCUGUGAUACACUAAACGCUUUUUAUAAUCGCAUUUUAAUAAAAGGUUCAAUUAUAUGUAUAUAUAAA